UAAUGAUUCCCCUAAUUUUGUCAUUACUUUUGAUAUGAUGACAGCCAACCCAGUGAAAAGCUUGCACAGGUUCUGAGAGAUGACCAGUUCAUUCUCUAGAACUAUCCUUUUUGGUGAGCUACUGUAUACAGGUGUUAAGUCUAAUGAAGAGUCCCAGCCAGCCUUUUUGAAGGAGGGAAAAAGAAAUCACAGAAUAAUGUCUUCAUGGAUGUCAAGGUGUUAUUUUGUCAGGUCUUGUCAUGAACUGUACUACUAAACCAAGCAAGAUGAGCACCCAUUGGCUGACCUUUUGGUAACCCAUCUCAUCUACAGGGUCUGACAGGUAUGACAGUGGAGGGGGAGCAGGAGGAUGAAGAACCUCUGCCCCUGACUAGCAUGAGUCUCCUGGAGCUGGAGCAGCAUCUAAUCCAGUAGGCUGCGAGGCAGGAAGAAAGGCUGUUGACAUUACAGCUGCUAGCAACAAUGUGUGAGAGGCUCUCCACACUCUGUUUCAUAACCCGGUCCAGGUCAGUCACAUGAUUAAUGUCGGCUUGCAUGGGUUGUAGGUUGGAGGAGGUAUUUCCUCAAUUUGGUGUCGAUGAUCCACAGGUGUAAGUGUUCUGUGUGCUGUGUAACCUAUGCACCCACAUGGUGAGAAUGUGUUUGAAGGUGACCAAUAAAAUACCCAUUUUGGUGACCUUAGGUUUUUCUCCAUAUAAAUAUGACCCAAGCAAAUAACCUUAGCUUGUUUCAAGGGCUUUAUAAUAAAAAUGAAUUAAUUUUUGUUAAAAGAGCCAUAUUGAUGCUCAGGGAGUUCUUUCUAAUGGAAAAAACUAAAACUAAACAGCUGACUGGAUAGUAGAAAAUAGAAAUACAAUUGAACCAGACUGGAAAAGACACAGCUUCAAUAAGUUUGUGCUCAUGUUUUAACAUAUCAGUUUGCUUCUACCAAAGAAUACAGAUUUCCUUUGUAGUCUUUUCAAACCCAUUAAGAGCCUUAAAUAAUAUACUUCCUGUCUAAAUCAAAGAGCCUAACUAACCCUAAACCUAACCCAAGGCCCAGUUGAACUCUAUAUAUACACACGUUUUUAAGGCUUGUUCUUUGUAAAACUGAGACACCCGUUUCAUUCACCUGAUCCACCCAUUGCCUCUGGCGAUACUGAAAAGCAGAUGGGAAGCAGCUGUAGACUUCACCCAACACCUGUGUCAUAUUACUUUAGGGUUGAGACAAACCCAGCCUCACAUACACGAAAUGGCUGACUAUGAUCACAUUAUUGUGUAUGGGUUACAAGCGUAAAACAGAACAAAAACACUUCUGCUUAUAUCCAGAUUAUGAAAGAAAUGUAUAUGUAUAUGACGUGUGUUUUUCAUAGGCAAAAUAUUCUGCAAUGACUUGUAUAGUUAGCACAGUGUAUACCUGCGGACCUCUUUUUGACUAGACAAUUAACGGGCAUGGGUUUUUAUAAUUGAGGAUCGAAUUAGAUGAAAUUAAACAUACUUCUGUUGCCUGUGUUUAGACAUUAUGACAUCUGAUUACUUGUCUGCACUUUGUUUCUUUCUUUCUACUUAAGCAUACAGUAUUUAAAUUGUUUAUAAAUCAAGCUCAGUGCACCCUAUUGACUUGUGCUUUAAACUUUUUUUUUUUUUUUUUUACAAAAUUAAAGUUUGUUUUUUUCCCUAGAAAAAAUGCCAAGAACUAUUUAAUGCAAACCUAUUGUUGUUUAAAUAAACAACACGGUUUCUGUGAACAGACCCAGUCAUGCAAAUCUGACAGUCCAGGGUUAUGUUACUGGGUUAAAUGUUGCAAUCCUGUCAUUAAGCAAAAUGAUCAAUAGAAAUUUAAAUCCAAAUUUUAAAUUUCAUAAUCAUAGCAAAAGUAGGUUACUCCUCAUUAAUUUUUCAUUUGCCUGGGCUAAUUUGAGAUACUGCCUUACUUCUGCUAGCUGCUUUGGGACUAAUUCCAAAUUAAUAUGACUCUGUUAUGUCCUGGAUAAAGAUCUAAGAUGCCUUAUGCAUGCUGUCUUUAAAGGGUGAUUAUUCAAAUGCCUGAAGUUGAAAUGAUUGCUGUUAACAAUUGAAGUUUAAUGCUGUACUGUACACACCAAAUUAAUAAGAGUAUAAGAUUCUGGGGCAAUGUCUUUACAUAUAGUAGAUAUUGGUCAUGGUGAUCUUUAUGAUAAUCAUAGCUAAUAUUUGUACCAAUAAUUAAGUCAAAAUUAUUACAAAGGUUCUAGAAGGUUCCCCAUGCAGUGCCCUAAACAUUAUUUUAAUUAGUCCUGCCAUAGCGCUACAGACUUCAUAAAAGUUCUUGUGUUCGUCUCCAUUCACUUCCUGUGUUACAGAUAAUAUAGUCUUCCUGAUCUUGCAUUGUUCCCUAUGUUCAGCAGAAAAAGCAAGUGGUCGUUUCUGGUGUGGUCCUACUGCUUGUAACACAGGAAGUGAGUUUUUCGUCUUUUAAAGGGGCUUCAAACUUUACAUUUUACAUUUUUUUUAAAGCCUUAAAAAUUACAAGGAAUCAUACAAACAUCAUCAAAGGAAUUGCACGUUAAUUCAGCUUGUAUAUAAAUAUAAAAAUAUGUAUGAGGUUUUCUGUUGGGUGUGUUAUCGGCAGGUGAUUGAGUUCAUCUCUGCCAUGUUGAAGCGAGCCUGUGUCAGUCUGGAUCUGGGUGUGAAAGGAACAGUGGCAGCAGAGACACUCAGCAUGGGAAUGGGACUCAUGGCUACCAUAUUAGCUGGGGCAGUCAAGCUGCAGUCAGAUUAUGCUGCAAUGAAGGAACUCUUGCCUCUUUUAGACCAAAUAUCCCAAUGGCACCCUGAACAAGUUAUCCAAGAACUGGCCUCAGAUUUACACCUCUCCAUUGCUACUCACGGAGAGUUUGCCGCUGAAACUGUGGCCAGGGCAGCUCGCAACACAGCCGGGAAAGAGGAACUGAUACCAGAGAGACGUUCUGAAAACACUGCGUCCAAAACAACUGAGAAAGCAGAGAGUAGAAACAGUGACAAGACACCAGGCACUGGUGUGAUGAGUCAGACAUACACUGCACACUGUAAAACUGCAGACCCAGUUUCAGAUCCCGUGCCUCAAAGCAGCAGCAGAGGAGAUCCAUAUGCUGAUCCUGCAGGGCCCAGGAGACCUGCUCACAAAGGACAUGAGGGAUCCUCUCCUACCCAGAAGGGCAGCCUUUCCAUCUUUCAUGGCUUUCUUCAAGUUUUCAACACAGCUGAGUUUUGUCUGACAGCCGUUAUAAAAACUGACAGUGAAGCAGAGGUGUGCCGAGCAGCAGUGCACAUCAUUGCUCUUCUACUGCGUGGACGGAAUGACAAUGCCACACAGAUGCUCAGUGGCGUGCUGCGGGAUCUGUACCGUGUCCUCAAGCAUGUAUUGCAGCACGACCUCGAUGAUGUCACCAUGAUCUACGCCCACCUGGAGCUGGAAGAGCUUGAUGAUGUCAUGUGGCGCUACAUCUUCCUAGCACAGAAACUCGAGAAGAAGAUUGUGGUGAUCCCUUAGAACCUGCUGUUUCUGCACAACACUGAGACUACACGCUGCUCCCACCUUUGUCGCCAGGACACUACAAACUGCUCCUACCUUCGUCGCCAGGAGUCUACACGCUGCCCCCACCUUCGUCGCCAGGAGUCUACACGCUGCCCCCACCUUCGUCGCCAGGAGACUACAUGCUGCUCCCACCUUUGUCGCCAGGAGACUACACACUGCUCCCACCUCCACUGCUUCCACCACCAGGAAGAGAGCAGCAGAAGCGCCACGACAAGGGCGCCACGACAAGCCAUCCUGUGACAACCAUAGACAUAGUUGAAUGAGAUAUGAGUCAUCCUGUGACUUUUUCUUAUAUUAUACUCAUCAAUUUUGAUAUUAGUUUUUUUUUUUCUUCACAUACUUGUUGGAUGACAUCUGCAAAGAAGCGAUCAAGAUAUUUUCUUCCUUAGGAUCUUUGAAAAAAUACCAUUCAAAAAUCAAAUUUAUCUUUAUUAUAAUAUAUGUGUUUUUGAAAAAGGAAAAUGUGUGUACUUUUACUGAAAUAAUUUUGUCUGCAUUAAGUGUGGUUGUUUGCAAAAUAAGUUACUUUUUUAUAAACCAUUUUCACACUUCCAUUGUAUAGUGGAAGUUGUUAUUUUAAGCUUGUCAUAGAGACUUAUUCCCUAACAGAAGAGUCAGGAAAAUUCAAACUAUAACCCAUAGAAGACCGAUUUAACCAAAAGCAUUAUAAUAAAUAAAAAUAUGGUAACCAUUGUAUCCUGGAUAAUCCUGCAGUUGAAGUUGGUUUGUUAUCUUUGAGCUUAAGUGCAGCUAUAGAGAAGGUAAUACAAUUGAAAGGUGAGGUCAGAAUUCUGAAUGGAGUCAUAUCUGGGAUGUUAAGACUCACCUAUGAGAAAUCAACCACAAUCAAUCACAAUUUCAGAUUUGUCAAAAGGCUUCCUGUGUACAGAUGUUACCAAGGUAUAGAACACUACAGCAGAAUUAAAGUCAUGUGUUUUUGUGUGUUUA